AUGCUCAAGCUGCUGGUUGCUUUUCUGCUUGUGGCCUUUGCCUCAGGCCAUGGCGAAUCUGCUUACUUCCAUGUCUCCCGUGUGGUGAAUGGAGAGAACGCUAAGCCCUACAGCUGGCCCUGGCAGGUCUCCCUUCAGUAUGAGAAAGAUGGCGACUAUUAUCACACCUGUGGAGGCAGCCUCCUUACCCCUGACUGGGUCUUGACUGCUGGUCACUGCAUUAACUCGGCUCGAACAUACCGGGUGGUUCUGGGGGAGUAUGACAUGUCCGUGGAAGAAGGGCCAGAGCAAGUGAUUGCUGUCGACCCUGAAAAACUCUUUGUUCACGAGAAAUGGAACUCCAACUGUGUGGCCUGCGGCAAUGACCUUGCUCUUGUCAAGCUCUCUGAAAGCGCCCAGCUUAAUGACAAAGUCCAGGUGGCCUCCCUCCCUGCUGCUGGUACCAUCCUGGACCACGAAACACCCUGCUACAUCACCGGCUGGGGCCGCCUCACCACUGGUGGAGCCCUCCCUGACAUACUGCAACAGGCCUUACUCCCUGUGGUAGACUACGAACACUGCAGUAAGUGGGACUGGUGGGGCUCCUCUGUGAAAACCACCAUGGUGUGCGCUGGAGGGGACAUUCGCUCUGGCUGCAAUGGUGACUCUGGAGGACCUCUCAACUGCCCAGCUGAUGACGGCUCCUGGGAGGUCCAUGGCAUUACCAGUUUCGUUUCUUCUCUUGGCUGUAACACCCGAAAGAAGCCCACCGUAUUCACCCGAGUCUCAGCCUUCAUUGACUGGAUUGAAAACGUAGGAAUUGAGGGGAGGGGGCAAUUAGCCACGGCCUGGGCCCCUCUUCAGAGGCUGAGCCAGACUUUGCGCCGGCUGCCGUGCGCGCUGACGUCAGUGGCGUGCCCCUGCCCGGGAGCGGAGGAGACCCCGCGCAGUGCUGCCAACGCCCCGGCGGAGAAGCUGAGGUGA